UAAAUGGAAACCGGCUUGCAAUCCCCUCAUUUCUCUCGUUUCAUUCCUCAACGACUUCAAUCCCCUGCUAAAACCCUAGCCAACGACUCGCAUCAUUGACACUGUCCGCUCUGAACUGAAGAAGAAUCAUGGUGAAGAAGAAGCAGCAGAAGCAUUCGCAGACAGAGGAGCUCCUCGAGACCCUGACAGACUUCACCAGCAAGGAGAACUGGGACAAGUUCUUCACCAUCAGAGGCAGCGAUGACUCGUUCGAGUGGUACGCCGAGUGGCCGGAGCUCCGGGACUCGAUGCUCUCGGAGCUCCGUUCCAUGAAAGACGCUGGUCCUGAUUCCCUGCAGAUUCUUGUUCCCGGUUGUGGCAACUCCAAGCUCUCGGAGCACUUGUAUGAUGCCGGAUUUCACUGCAUUACAAACAUUGAUUUCUCUAAGGUUGUGAUCUCCGAUAUGCUCCGGCGGAACGUCCGUGAACGGCCGUCUAUGCGGUGGCGCGUGAUGGACAUGACCCGUAUGCAGUUCACGGAAAACAUAUUUGAUGUUGUUGUCGAUAAAGGCGGAUUGGAUGCUUUAAUGGAGCCAGAGCAUGGAGAAAACCUCGGGAACGAAUAUCUGACAGAGGCAAAGAGAGUUUUGAAGACAGGCGGGAAAUUUGUUUGCCUCACCCUCGCAGAAUAUCAUGUCCUUGGAUUGCUUCUCCCUAAGUUCCGCUUUGGUUGGAAAAUGGUUAUUCAUGCCGUACCUCAGAAAUCAUCUGGGAAACCUGGUCUUCGGACAUUUAUGGUGGUUGCCGAAAAAGAGAAUUCUUCUAUGGUUCACCAAAUAACAUCAUCCUUCAGUCAAUCCUCCCUUGACCGGAGUGAUAAGCAGGUUAAUGGGUUGUUUGAAGAACUUAACAAUGAAAACAACAUUCGGACGCAGUACUCAGACGGAUCUGAUAUAUUGCUAUCACUGAAAGAUCUACAACUUGGAGCUAAAGGUGACCUCAAUAAUCUUAGUCCGGGUCGGCGGUUCCCGCUCAUCUUAGGUGAUGAGAGCUCUCGCUUCAGUUACAGAGCCGUCCUUCUCGAUGCGCGUCAAGAUUCCAGAAUGACCGUCAUGUACCAUUGUGGAAUCAUGCUCAUUCCCAGGUCCCGAGCUAAUGGGUGGCUGUACUCAGAAGAAGAAGGGCAGUGGACAGUAGUCCAGAGUGCAAAGGCAGCUCGCUUGAUAAUGGUUUACUUGGACAACAUUCAUAUGGGUGUUGGCAUAGAGGACAUACAAGAGGAUUUAUCUCCCCUUGUUAAACAGUUGGCUCCUGCUGUUACCGAUUAUGGGUCUCAGAUUCCCUUCAUGAUGGUUGAGGAUGCACUCAAAGAGAGGAAAAUUAUACAUCAGGUCUCGUCGGCCUUGACAGGACCAAUUAUCAUAGAUGAUGUAGUCUAUGAUAAUGCAGAUAAUGAUAUUAGUCAAAUCUUGCCUAGUAAUCGAGACUUGAGAUUUCGCCGCCUUAUUUUCCAAAGAAAUGUGUAUUUGGUCCAGUCUGAAGCUCUGCUAACAAUAGACGGAAUGGCAUCAGCUGCGAACAAUCCCAGUAGAGCAGAUAAGAAGAGCAAGUCCAAAAAAUGGGGCAGCCAGAGAUCUAAUGAAUCCAAAAGGAGCCUGACGAUUUUUCAUGACUAUCUAGCUAGCACGUAUCAUUCAGGUAUCUUAUCUGGCUUUAUGCUUAUCUCAUCUUAUCUCGAGACCAUGGCAUCAGCGGGAAAUGGAGUCAGAACAGUAGUUAUUGGUCUUGGGGCUGGUAUGAUUCCAAUGUUUCUUCAUGGAUGUUUACCUUUCACUCUGGUUGAGGCAGUGGAGUUGGACCCCAUUAUCGUGAGCCUUGCAAAGGAUUACUUUGGUUUUCGCGAGGAUGGUCGCUUAAGGGUUCAUACAACUGACGGACUUGAGUUCGUUAAAAAAGUUGCAGAAAGUGCCCAUGGCGGAAAAGAGGAUGAUGAGCUUCUCUCUUCCUCCUCUUUGGAGAAAGUGAUUGAUGUAUUGAUCGUAGAUGUUGACUCUGAUGACCCGAGCUCGGGUUUAUCGUGUCCUGCCUCAAGUUUUGUGGAAGAAACCUUCUUAAAUGAUGCAAGGGCCUCGAUGUCUGAUCAAGGUCUCUUUGUUGUUAACUUGGUCUCUCGGUCUGCCUCGAUUAAAGAAGCAGUCAUUUCAAGGAUGAAGAAGGUAUUCAACCACCUCUACUCCCUUCAACUCGAGCAGGAUGUAAACGAGAUUAUAUUUGCUCUCAAGACAAAUGAUUGUAUAGCAGAGGAUAAGUUCCCCGAAGCUGCUCGUCAGCUUGAGAAGCUGUUGAAUUGCAGAGAACCUAAGAUGAGGGAAGCCAUUAUUGAUGCCUCGAAGAAAAUCAGAUACGCGAGAUGAGAUCCGGCCUUAUGUGGGAUGGAGGCACCCUUAUUUUUUUUUCUCCCUGACAUUUUAUGAUCGUUUUAGGGUUUCUAUAUGGUGCGUGUUGAUGAAGGUAAACCUUGCGAUGUUGGAAGAGAAGCGAGAGGAAGGAUAUUGUAAAGCAAUUGACUAGGGAGCACAUAACCUGUAUUCUUUUCUGCUCUGGUAGGGUAAUAUCAUUGCAUCGCAAUACAUGGUCGUGGAUUUCGGCUUGA